GUGAGACUGCAGUCGUCCUUCAGCAGCUUGUUUCAAGCGUCGUUCGGAUUGAUCGAAAUGAGCGACUUCGUUGCCGUGACUGAUGUCGAGUCUCUAAUCGGAAGGGUUAUAAUGAGUCUUUGGCUACUGAUCGGUGUGAUUGUACUCGUCAAUCUCUUGGUGGCAAUGGUGACCAACGCAUUUCAAAAAGUUCAAGAUCAUUCGGAUGUCGAGUGGAAGUUUGCAAGAGCAACGCUCUUGUUCGAAGUCAGAACGUCUCCGAUAUUCGUGCCGCCCUUUAAUAUUUUCUAUUACGCUGCUGUUCUUGUCGCUCAAUGCUUGACAUGUUGCUCUAGAAGACACGAGGGUACUUUGUAUACUGACGCUAUUCCCGAGGACAACGUCCUAGAGCUGGCACCGUUGGCACGUUCAACGAACGACGUCAGUGAUGCAGAUAAGAAAGCCUUGCUGAACUUUCUACGACAAACAGAGAAGGAACAAUCCCACGACCAUCUAACCACAGUUCGAGAUUUACAGAGAUUGGAGGAGAAACUUGAUGCCGUACAGAAGAUUCUGUCGACAUUUUGUUCAUAUUCGGUCACGUGUCCUCAUUGUCAUCAAUUGGUGUCCGUACGAGACGACGCAAAGUUAGGUGAAAGCAGCGUGUAGAGAAACG